UUAUCAUUGUCGAAAAUGUCGAAACUGGUUACCCCCCGUUCCCGCCAGUCACGCCAACGGUAUAUAAAGAGUCUUUUCGAAUAUCCAGUGCCUGUCUUCUCCCAUCCCAACAUUUGCAAGAUGAUUCGCGUGGCGCUGCUGCUGCUGUGUGCGAUUUCCGCCUUGGCCGACAAGCCCGGCCCCUCCUUCGGACCCCCUCCCCCUUCCUACGGACCCCCUCCCCCCUCUUACGGACCCCCUCCCAAGCCUUGUUAUCCUGAGAUCAAGUAUGUGACGCGUUAUCAAACGCAGGUCCAGCAGGUACCCGUAUACGAAACAGUGUACCAGCCCCAGAUCGUGCCAACUACCCUGUACCAGACCCAGUACCAAACCAAGUACCAGACGCAGGUGCAGAGCCACUACAUUCCCCAGUACAUCACUACCACCCAGUACCAGCCCCAGUAUAUCACCGAAACCGCCUACCAGACCCGCUACCAAACAAGAUACCAGACCCAGUACGUCACUCAGACUCAGUAUCAACCACAGUACAUCACCGAGACGCUGUACAAUACCCAGUACCGCACCAAGACCCAGGUCCAAUACGAAACCCAGGUCCAGUACCGUACCCAGUACGUCACGCAGACCCAGUACCAAACCCAGACCCAGUACCGCACCCAGUACGUGCCCCAGUACAAGACGGUGGUCGAGACGAGGCAGAACUACGUCACGGUCUGCCCGAAGAAAGGCUACUACUGAGAGACCGUUUGGUGAAAAACAAACGACGUUCUCAACUUUGUUUCAGAAUUCUUCUUUUGUAUACUGUUUCUUGUUUAUCCGAAACCUCAGUAGUUCUUCCCGAUUAGUACCGCAAAUGUUUCUGAUAUUAAUCCAGUCUAAAUAACAUUUUUUGAGCAUCCCUCCCAAAGAAAUGUCAUAUUUAUCACAAGUCCACAUUUUGUUUCCAUCCAUUUUUUUAAAUCUUUCUUUCUAUUACCUCCAUCAUCUUCCAUGCUGACAGAAAUAGUUUUAUUUUGUAUAUAUGUAAAAAGGAACCGCUUAUUUCUCACGAUAAUGCAAGAGAGACCGUUUUCUGUUUUUGGCGCCUCAACGUAAUCAUAUUUUUUCUCUGCACUCAGGUUAAUGUCUGUAUAAUAUUUUUUUCAAUACCUUUUGUGUAUCGUUUAUCCAGUAUUUUUACACUGUUGAUGAUGAAGUUUGAUAUGUUUCUUCCAAUAAAACGUAAUAAAAAAUACA